UGUCCGAAAAGUCAUCUGUCGCUAUAAUGUCAUUCCCGUGAAUCGAGACGAUUAAAGUUGACAUUUCGAUUGGACUGCUCGUUUAUAAACUGACUGUAUUUCAGUAUUUUUUUUUGCCAAGUGGAGAGACUAUUAGUUGAAUGCUAACGUAACCCAUGGUGUUGUUUCACAUAGGCAUUGCAAGCGAGCCCACCGUCUGUGAGAAGGCUAAAGUUAGUAGCUACAAUCCAAUUUCCCGCUGUGAUUUAUGAAUAACGAAGUCGACGAAAGAUGGACACAGACAAGUUUAACUAUGUCUACAGUUGUGACUUGGAUAUUAAUGUUCAACUGAAAAUAGGCAGCUUGGAGGGCAAGAGGGAGCAGAAGAGCUACAAGGCGCUGCUGCAGGAUCCCAUGCUCCGGUUCUCUGGCCUCUACCAGGAGAGCUGCUCAGACCUCUAUGUUACCUGUCGGGUGUUUGUAGAGGGCAAACCUCUGGCGCUGCCCGUACGCACCUCCUACAAGGCCUUCAGCACCCGCUGGAACUGGAAUGAGUGGUUGAGGCUGCCAGUGAAGUACCCAGACCUGCCCCAGAGUGCCCAGGUGGCCCUAACGGUGUGGGAUGUGUACGGGCCGGGCCGAGCCACCCCUGUGGGGGGAACCACCGUCACCCUCUUCGGCAAAUAUGGAAUGUUCCGGCAGGGGAUGCAUGACCUGAAGGUGUGGCCUGGGGUAGAGGGGGAUGGAGGGGAGCCCACCAGCACCCCAGGUAGGACCAGCAGCAGUCUAGCAGAGGACCAGAUGGGAAGACUGGCCAAGCUGACCAAGGCUCACCGGCAGGGUCACAUGGUGAAGGUAGACUGGUUGGACCGCCUCACCUUCAGAGAAAUAGAGAUGAUCAAUGAGAGGGAAAAACGCAGUUCCAACUUCAUGUACCUAAUGGUGGAGUUUCCUCGUGUCAAAACUGGUGAAAAGCCAGAGUACAGUAUUGUCUAUUAUGAGAAGGAUGGAGAUGACGCCUCACCUGUGCUCACCAGCGCUGACAUCGUCAAAGUCCCCGACCCUCAGAUGUGCAUGGAGAACCUUGUGGAGAGCAAACACCAUAAGCUAGCCCGUAGCCUACGGUGCGGACCGUCAGACCACGACCUAAAGCCUAACGCUGCCACACGAGACCAGCUCAACGUCAUAGUGAAUUACCCCCCAACGAAGCAGCUGAGCUCUGAGGAACAGGACCUGGUGUGGAAGUUCCGUUACUACCUCACCACUCAGGAGAAGGCGCUGACUAAGUUCCUGAAGUGUGUGAACUGGGCCCUGCCCGGGGAGGCUAAGCAGGACCUUGAGCUGCUGGGGAAAUGGAGGCCCAUGGACGUAGAGGACUCCCUGGAGCUGCUCUCCUCCCAGUUUACCAACCCCACCGUACGACGCUACGCUGUGACCAGGCUGCAGCAGGCCGACGACGAGGAUCUGCUGAUGUACCUUCUCCAGCUGGUCCAGGCUCUGAAAUACGAGAUCUUCACUGACAUCCAGGGCGGGCUGGAGCCAGGCAGCAAGAGGGACAGCCAAGGCCUGGGAGAGAGCUCCAACCUGGGGGACCUGGACAGGUAUGUAAUAGUGGAGUGUGAAGACCAGGACACCCAGCAGAGAGACCUGAAGACCCACAAUAUGUACCUCAAUGUCAUCGGGAGGUUCAGCCAAGCACUGCUCAAGGGUGAUAAGAGUGUGAGGGUGAUGCGAUCUCUCCUGGCGUCCCAGCAGACGUUUGUGGAGAGACUGGUACAGCUGAUGAAGGCCGUGCAGAGAGAGAGCGGCAACCGCAAGAAGAAGAGUGCUCUGAUGCCAGCCAAGCUGAUCUUCAAGGCUGAGGAGGGGAAGAUGUAUCCUGUCAUCUUUAAACACGGAGACGACCUGAGACAAGACCAGCUCAUCCUACAGAUCAUCUCUCUCUUGGACAAGCUGCUGAGGAAAGAGAAUCUAGACCUGAAGUUGACGCCUUACAAAGUGCUGGCCACAAGCACCAAGCAUGGGUUCAUGCAGUUUGUCCAGUCGGUGCCUGUGGCUGAGGUCCUGGCCACUGAAGGAAACAUCCAGAGUUUCUUCAGAAAACACGCCCCCAGUGAUAAGGGGCCCUAUGGCAUCAGCUCUGAGGUGAUGGACACCUACGUCAAGAGCUGUGCUGGUUACUGUGUCAUCACAUACAUCCUGGGAGUGGGAGACAGACACUUGGACAACCUGCUCCUCACAAAGACUGGAAAGUUAUUCCACAUAGACUUUGGCUACAUCCUGGGUCGUGACCCCAAGCCCCUGCCUCCCCCCAUGAAGCUGAGUAAGGAGAUGGUGGAGGGGAUGGGUGGCAUGCAGAGUGAACAGUACCAGGAGUUCAGGAAACAGUGUUACACAGCCUUCCUUCACCUCAGGAGGUACUCUAACCUCAUCCUGAAUUUGUUCUCUCUCAUGGUGGACACCAACAUUCCUGACAUCGCCCUGGAGCCUGACAAGACUGUUAAGAAGGUGCAGGACAAGUUCCGAUUGGACCUGUCGGACGAGGAGGCCGUUCACUACAUGCAGAGUCUGAUUGAUGAGAGCGUGGGGGCUCUGUUUGCUGCCGUGGUAGAGCAGAUACACAAGUUUGCCCAGUACUGGCGCAGAUGAGAAGGACAGAAAGAUCAUCCGACUUGGACAGUGGAUGGGUGGACAGAGAGGGGGAGCUGUUGCCAUAGUAACACCAGGUACCCCGACCCUCCCCUGCAGGUGGUGUGUGUGUGGGAGAUUGACAGGAUCCAUCCAUGACACUGAUGAACGGAGGCAAAUGAUGCACUGCCAACCUCUGUUCACUGCAAGAAUGAAGAAAACUCAACCCGGACUGUGCGGUAGCAUUUGUAUAUAUUCUGUAUAUUAUUGAUUCAACAUAUGAGAUGUAUGGCCAAAUAAAACCCUGUUACUACAGUAUAACACUGAUGUUGCCUUGUCUCUGUGUAUAAUACCAGGCUGUGUGUGAGGCUUGCGUGUUUCGGGGCGUUUACACCUGGCAUUCAUAAGUAUCCUGUGAUUGUGUCCAUAUAUUGAUUCGAUGGUUAAAAGAUGCAUCGCUGCAAUCUAAUGAUGAUCAGAUCCAACGACACAGUUGAUGCUAAGCAACUCAUUUUAAUAAUACCAGGUAGAUGCAAUAAGCCAUGAAGUUUGUUCUGUAAGCGUUUUGGUGCGUACAGAUUCCCAUAAGAAUCCAUUGUGCAACAACCGUUGAGACAGCUCUGUGAUACAAAUGUAGAAGCGUCAGUGUAAACGGAGCCUUGUGAGUCUCACUGUGGAGUAUCAAGCAACAGAGGUCUGUACCAGUACCUCCUGUAUAUAGCCUCGU